AGAAAAUGGCUGACCGAUAAAGACAGACGCUGUUUCAUCCAGAAUUUGUCAUAUUUGUCUAAGUACUACAUUCCAAAGUGUAAUAUAGUCUUAAAUAAAUCUCUCAUAAUGUUCGAGCAUUUAAUGUAAAUUAUGCUCUCUUAAAUCACGGAGGCAGACUCUUCAUCUGUAUUUUAUUUUCAUCUUGACUCUAACGUGUGUUUUUACAUCAUAAGAUGGCCACAGUCGCAGCCAAACGCGAGGGACCGCAGUUCAUCAGCGAGGUGGCCGUCAGAGGAAACGCCGCUGUGCUCGACUACUGUCGGACGUCCGUGUCUGCUCUGUCCGGGGCUACAGCGGGCAUCCUCGGUCUGACGGGACUGUACGGCUUUGUGUUUUAUUUCCUUGCUUCUUUCCUAUUGUCGUUGCUUCUAAUACUCAAAGCCGGUCGCAGGUGGAACAAGUGUUUCAGAUCUCGACGUCUGCUCUUCACCGGAGGCCUCGUGGGCGGCCUCUUUACUUACGUGCUCUUCUGGACUUUCCUCUAUGGAAUGGUGCAUGUGUACUGAACGGACUUCCGCACCACACAGUACAGCAGCCAUGCAGAUGAAGAGCAGUAAUAUAAUAGAGAUGCCUAGAGAUUGAGUGCAGAUUGCUGUACAAUUGAUCGUUGAAUCUUAAAAUCUUUCCUCGGUACUAAUUGAUUGCACUAAACCUCGAAUAUUUAGUCUUUUGUCAUUAAUACUCUACUAGAUUCCUAAAUCAGCCCAGCUCUGAGAGAAGUAUUAGGAUAGUCCGUUAGGGAAUUAAAUCUUUUUCAGUUUUCUUUGUGUGUAUGUAAAACACUCAACAAUGUAAAGACACAAUGGCAACUUUAAACUGUACAAAUCACAUUAUUUUGGAUACUAGGAAAAUCAAUCAUUGGAUUUAAUUGUGUGGUUUCUGUUCAAAUUUACGCAACAUUGUGUGUAGGCUGCAAUGAGCAUCGUGUUUAUUCUUACUUAUUUAGAGAGAUUUAAAGGAACUUGACUACUAAAAUCUUAAAGGAAUAGUUCACCCAAAAAUGAAAAUUCUCUCAUUAUUUACUCACCGUCAUGUGAGUCCCAUACACAUCCCAGAUGUGUAUGACUUUCUUUCUUCUGCUGAACACAAAUGAAUAUUUUAGAAGAAUAUCUCAACUUUGUAAGUCCAUACAAUGCAAGUGAAUGAUGACCAGAACUUUUAAGCUCCAAAAAUCUUAAGACAGUGGUUUAAUGUAUGUCUUCUAUACAUUGCAAUCACUUUGGGUGAGAAAUGGAUCAAUAUUUAAAUCAUUUAAAAAAUAUAUUUAAAAAAACGACUUACUGAUCUGUUUCUCAUCCACACAUCGCUUCAAAAGAUAUGGAUUUAACCACUGGAGUCUUACGGAUUACUUUUAUGCUGACUUCAUGUGAUUUAUGGAGCUUGAAAGGUGUGGUCAUCAUUCACUAGCAUUGUAUGGACCUACAGAACUGAAAUAUUCUCUAAAAAUGUUUGUUUGUGUUCUGCAGAAGAAGAAAAAAAAAAUCAUACACAUCUGGGAUGGCAUGAGGGUGAGUAAAUGAUGAGAGAAUUUUCAUUUUUGGGGUGAACUAUCCCUUUAAGUACUUCUUCCUUGAGGAAAUUUCCUAAAUAUAGUGCUGCAAUUAUUGUCUAAUCUGAAUAAAAUAUUCUGCUUAAGACUGUGAAA